AUGGCUGCCACUGAGAAACGCCCUGAGAUCAUUGAGCUUGCUCGGGGAUUGAAAGGCGUACCUAUGUGCGAAGACUACGAGCGUAUGAUAUCUGGAAUGAUGUAUAACCCUAACAUCCCGAAACUGCUAGAGGCUCGGCAUCUUUGCCGGGGACUUGCAGCGGACUACAACAAUCUGGACACAAAAACUGUCACAUAUGACAAGAUCAGCGACAGGCGUCUUGAAUUAUUGCGGAAGCUCGUCGGCAAAGUCGGGGAUGGAACAUUCAUCGAGCCACCAUUUUUGCCAGACUAUGGAUGCAACACUAUGAUCGGAAAGGACUGCUUCUUCAACUGGAACGUUACCAUACUAGACACCAGUUUAGUUAUCAUUGGCGACCGUGUGCAGAUUGGCACUGGAGUUAGUAUCAUCACCGCUGGCCAUGAUACCAGUGUUCUUUCUCGCCGCAAGUUCGUUGAGUUCGGCCAUCCGAUCUUUAUCGAAGACGACUGCUGGAUUGGAAGUAAUGUGAUUAUUCUGCCCGGUGUCCGGAUUGGCCAGGGCUCGACAAUUGGAGCCGGAUCUGUUGUCACCAAGGAUAUCCCGCCAUUUUCUGUCGCUGUUGGCACUCCUUGCCGCGUAAAGAAGAUAAUUCCAUCGGCAGAAGAAGAGGAACAAGAUCCCAAUAACCAAUACCGCAAUUUAGUUCGCGAGGACCGAUCUGACUAG